CCCUUCUCUCUCUCCCUCUCUCCCUCUCUCUCUCUCUGUCUCUCUCUCGUUCCAUCACGCUCUAUCAUUUUUUCUCUCUCUGUCGCUCUUCCUCCUGUUCUCCAGGAUUUUCUCUUCCUCCUCUUCUCCUUUAUCUUUUUCUCCGUAUUUGGAGCAUUUGCGUUGGCUCUGCUCCCCCUCCCUUUUCUCUCUCUCUCUCUCUCCCUCUCUCUUUCUUUCUCCCUCUCUCUCUCUCUCUCCCGCGUUCUUUGCCGGUUUCUCAGUUCUCCCUGACUGCUGCAGAUUUGUUUCACUCUCAAGAAUCUCCACCACUGCUCUGAGCCUGUGAGCAGUGUGUGUAUGUUUGCGCGUGUGUGUGGUAGCAGUGACGUCCUUUUCACCGGAGCGUCUGGCUUUACAUGGAGACUCCCAUCUGGCCAGACAUUACGGCCCCUGGUUCCUAUCACCAUCACUGUAAAGACAUUCAAGGAGGCAGUGGAGUGUGUAAGUCAGGCUUAGCCGUGUUCCGGAACGUUGUAUGUGGAGGACUCCUCAGCCAUCCGCUCUGGACCUUCCCGCUGACGCUCUUCCCCACACUGGGUAACCAAGAGGCAACCAAUCCGGUGGACGCCAUGGCUCAGUCCUACACCCCGGCUCAGUUUCCCCCACCCCCACAGAACGGUAUUCCGGGCGAGUUUGCUGCACCUCAUGCCCUUCCCACACAGGACUUCACAGGACAGAACCGGGUACCAGAACACACCCUGACCCUCUACACACCCACACAAACACACAGCGACCCAACAACCAACGACAGCAACACACCAACAAUCACCACCAACACCAACAGUGCUCCGACAGAAGACGUGACGCAAACAGAAAGUUCCCAGCAGUUGACGCUGCAGUCCUCGGACUCUCCAGAGAAACAGCAACCCAAACGCCUCCAUGUCUCCAACAUCCCUUUCCGCUUCCGUGACCCAGACCUCAGACAGAUGUUCGGGCAAUUUGGGAAGAUUUUAGAUGUGGAGAUCAUUUUUAAUGAAAGGGGAUCUAAGGGCUUUGGGUUUGUAACUUUUGAAACAAGCACAGAUGCAGAUCGAGCGCGGGAGAAACUAAAUGGUACUAUCGUAGAGGGACGCAAGAUUGAGGUGAAUAACGCCACAGCAAGAGUGAUGACAAACAAAAAGACAGCUAACCCAUACACAAACGGCUGGAAGCUGAAUCCCGUGGUGGGAGCUGUUUAUGCCCCUGAACUCUACGCAGUAACAGGUUUUCCCUAUCCCCCAGCUGGAGCUGCAGUAGCGUACAGAGGCGCUCAGCUCAGAGGGAGAGGACGAGCUGUUUACAACACCUUCCGCACAGCAGCACCACCACCACCCAUACCAGCCUACGGAGCAGUGGUGUAUCAGGAUGGUUUCUACGGCGCUGAGAUCUACGGGGGCUAUGCAGCAUACAGAUAUGCCCAGCCUGCCACAGCUACUGCAUACAGCGACAGCUAUGGGAGAGUCUAUGCAACAGCAGAUCCCUACCACCACACGAUCGGCCCUGCCACCACAUACAGCGUGGGCACCAUGUAAAUAGAGGGAGCAAGGAGGUGUGCAGCACUCAAUCCACAGCAGAGGACAACACAAAGAAAGAUGAACAGAGCUCAAGCGCUCAAAGACAGGAGCAAAGAGAAGAGUGUGUGAGAAUAUGCAGAUUGUGACAAGGGCCACAGUGUGUGUGAGUGUGUGUGUAUGUAUGUGUGUGUGUGCGUGUGCAUGUGUGGCCGCCAUUGGCUUCAAACUUUGCCACAGGCAUGAAAGACUAAGGGUGGAAAAGAACCAGAAGGGAGUGCAAGGCAAGGGAAAGAAAAAAAACAAAAAAAGAGAAGAAGAUCAAAGAGAGAGGACCCCGCCCAUUUUCACGAAAACAUUUUAUUUUUCUAUACUUUUUUUGUGAUCAACUCUGGUGCAGAGAAACGUGUGUUUAAGAAGUAUAAAUAUGCGCAUACAUAUAUAUACAUAAAUAUAUAUAUAUAUAUAUAUGAAGAGAUUAUGUUAUUGCAUUUAACGGAAUGGACAGCGAACUCACCGAGCAAGGCUGGCCACCCUUCUCCUUUCUCUCUCUGUCCACUCAGACAUCUUCAUCCAUCUACAAGCAGGAGGUGAUAUGGCCACAUCCAGUGGUCUAGGCCUCAUGUGAAUAGUCUGCUUCCUGUGGGUGGAGUCUCUAUGGUCUGCUAUGAUUGGUCCAAUUCUGUGCUGUGAUGUCACUCUGUCCUGUGGUCUCACUGCUAAUAGCACUUUCUGGACGUGGUGUGUCGCUCGCGCUGGAGGUGGACGUUGGCCUCCUGUUUAUUUUACACUGACCCAAGACCAGGUCCUUUGGCCAGAUUCAAAACUACAACUAUGUGAGAUGAAACAUUGACUUUUCCACAUGGUGCGACCAUCAACUCCAUGUCAGCCCAGUGUCCUGCGGCUUGUGAUCUGCAGAUAGUCGUCGACCAUCUUGCUGCUUUCACUCUGACAGUUUUGCCGCACCAGUGACUGAUCCACUUCCUGUGAUGUCAUGACUCUCUUUCUGUUUGCUGACUCACCGGCCAGGUUCCUCUGGUGUUACUGCAUGGGGCGACCGUCUUCUGCAGCUCAUGACCAAGUCCGUGCUAUCGUUAGCCUUCAGAAAGCCGUUGGCCAUCUUCCUGCUUUCAGUCUGACAGCUUUGCCGUCCAAAGACAGGAACUCCUGGUCCAUUUCCUGUUUACUGAUGUCAUGACUCUCUUCCUGUUUGCCGAAUCACCGGCCAGUGUCCUGUGGUGUAACUGCAGGGAUGAGGGGUGCGGGUCAAGUGUGCUAGGGUGAAGCUGAAGAUGUCCACCAUUUGUAAACUUUGAGCGCGCUCGUCUUAGGCUGUAGCAUACCUCCACAGCGCCACACUGUGGCAGAGUUAGGAACUUUGGUUUUGCAGCACUAAAGUGCAAAAUGAGUGUGCUCCAUUGUCCAGGUGUCCAAGUCAAAAAAGAAAAGAAAAAAAAACACGGAAACAAAAUGAGUGUCAUGCGUGAGCUUUUCAUCUGACGAUGAGGUUCUGCUGUUGUUGAGUUUACUCUCUCUUUCAACAAAC